AUGCUACUCUCGCCCCACCAGUCCAACAAGCCGGUCCAGCAGGACGCCGACUUGGCUGAGGACGUCGAUGAACCCCCCGAUCACCGGUUCCUGAGCUCCGCUCCGAUCAACGUUGACGAGGACGUCGUCCGCGUCAAGUCCCCCAUGACGGAACAAAAGGAAUCGCUCCUCACCCGUGCCCUCAAAAGCAGCCCCGUCCUGAGCCCCUCGGAACAAGAACCGUCCGAACACACCUUCUACCGUUCCUACCACUACUCCAACAUCAGUGGCAUCUCGACGGCCGAAUUGACGAGCGACGGAGGCCUCACCAGCCCGUCUUUGUCCAACACCUCGAGUCCCCCCAUGCCGUCCCAACUGAACGACAGACCCGCCCCCAUGGCAGACAACAAGGAGAAGAAGUCCGGCGGACAAGGUGAAUCGGCGGUGGAGGCGAACCUGGGCCGCAAGAGAUGCAUCAGCUUUGCUUGCGGACGCAAAGCCGAGGAGCAGAAGGUCCAGCCUACCACCCCGCAGCGUCCCGCCGCGAAGAACUCGGAAAACACCUCUACCACCCCCUCGACCGAGCCCGUCAAGCGGAAGACGGUCCUCACCUUCGUGUGCCCGGCUCGGGCCCCAGAGACUCGCCGGGAACGUUCUCCUGCUCGUGCGGCAGCCGUCAAGCCCCGCCCUCGUGGAUCCCCCGCUCCUGUCGCCCGCAAGGCUUCUCCUGAAAACAAGACGCCGUUGAAGAUCGUCAUCCCUCAGCAGCAAGAGACGAAUCCCUCGCCCGACCGCAGAGGUGUCCCGACCAGCGGACUCGGCAAGUUCGAGGAGUCCGAGGCUACUCGCUUCCACGAAUUUGCCAGUUCCGUCGAGGAGGAUGACGAAUGGGUCACCAAGUCUGCCGACUACAAAGAGAAGAUCACUCUGAAUGACUGCAUGAAGAAGGAGAUUGCCAUCCGGAAGCUGGGAGAGGAAGCCGAGGCGGAGGCCCUGGACGACGAGGAUGAAGACGAGGACGACGAUGAGGAUGACGAUGAGGACGACGAUGGCGAUUCCACUAUCCACGAUCUCUCGUCUGAUGAUGGAAACGAGUCUGACAACGAAGCUGGUUUCGCCGACUCGGAUGAAAGUGACGGCUCGGAGUACGAAUUCUGGGCGCCCGCCACGACGACCGCCGCCACCAGCCCUCAGACUUUGGAUAUCCCUCGUCCCGCCUUCACUCGUCGGGACUCGAACACGUCCUUUGACUCGUUGAACGACGACAACAAACACCGGAGGUGGCCUCCCGCUCUCUCCGUGCAGGGUGGCAGCCGUCCAACCAAGAUCCCGAAGAUGCGUCCCAGCACCCCUCACCUCCCCGACAGCACGGACUUCGUUUGCGGAACCUUCGAUGAAGACCGUCCGCUGGAGGCUGCCUACAAGUCCUGCAUGGAGCAGCGUCGUCUCUCCAAGCAGAUCCUCAUCCCUCAGGAUAUCGACCCCAGCUUCCCGACCUCGGACCCGGAGGAGGAAGAUGAGGAGGAUGAGGAAGAUGACCUCGCGGAGUCUAUCAUCGUCGACGAGGCCCCGCGCGGGAGAGCCGGCCUGGAGCAAGCUCGCAAGCCUUCUCCUCGUGGCUCUCCGAAGCGGAUGGUUUCGCCCCCGCCUCGCCGUACUGGUCGCCUUUCCCCCCGUCGUCUGCGGUCCCCGCCUCCCCCGAUGAAGCUGAAGUCUCCCACCAAGGGUGAUCGGUCGCCGGCCGAGGGAGUCCCCAACUCCCGUCCUCAGGGUCUCAACAUCAGUGAAUUGGUGCAACGGCCGCACAUGACCCGUACCAAAUCACUGCCUCGGACUCCCAACCCCUUCUUCACCAGCCUCGACAAAUCUCACAAGUGGCCCGGCGUUGCCUCCCUUGGAGACUCGUCGGAGCGCGAUUCUUCACGUACGCGUGAAAUCCACACUCGUGGUCCCAUCGACAUUGUCGAGGGUCUCGAGAAAAAGCGCCAGAAACGCAAAGAGAAGUUCUGGCGUCAACACUGCCGCAAAGCUGCCAAAGAGCAGAUGGAGCGGCGACGGCCACUCCCCGGAAAAGGAGCCGAACGGAUGAAGGACCUUGGCCUCGCAGUUGCUGAGAGGUGCCGGGCUUACGGCGUUGGAGAAAACGCUCAGCUCGUCCUAUCCGUUUAG